GGCUGUCAAUUGAAAACAUUCGCAGAGUGAUUUGCAUUCAGCACUGCUAAAAGAAUUUCCUGAACCAAAGUGCGUGGGUUCAGAUUUUCACUGUAGGCACCUUUUCACAACAGAGGGGCAGAAAGAGAGAAAGUAUGACCAGAAAAGGUUUUCACCACUUGUAAACAGAAACAGAUUAGAAAUUCUCCAUUUUCACCCUCCAUGAACAACAGACAAAUCACCAUCAGUAAAGAAAUUGCAUCACCUAAUAGUUUAUAGCGUGACCAGAAGGCGUGCUUCCCUGCAAGUCUGUAUCCUGGCAGAGAUAAAGGAAUGUCACAGACAAAGCGGAAAGCCACCAGUGUUUCACUGACCAUUGGGUCCCCUGUCCAUGACGUCUCCAGCAACAAUAUACCUCGUCAGAGUUACUCUACUUUAAUUCAGCCAUUAUCGCUUGACCCUCAAAGAAUGCAGAGCCCAGCUACAAGCCAGACAGGCUCGACCCAUGGAAUUGCACCAGUGUUUACCAAGGGGCUACAAAACAUCAUGGCUGCAAAUGGGCAAUUAGUGGUAUUUGAGUGUCGCAUACGUGCCAGCCCCACCCUGCAGGUUCGCUGGUACAGAGACUACAGUCAGAUCAUAGAUUCUGCCGACUUCCGAAUAUUAAGGAAAAAGGCCUGCCUGUCCACAGAUCCUGAGGAAGUUUGCACUUUGGUUAUUACCGAAGCCUUCCCGGAAGAUUCUGGGAUAUUUCAAUGUGUGGCAGAAAACGAAUUUGGAGCUGUGGCAUCCAGUGCAUGUCUUUUCGUUUCCCAAGGAACAAGAGAGAUGGAAGAAUUUGAAGCUGUUCCCCACCUACCAGCUACCAUGAAUACAGCCACCUUGCCAAGCAACAGCCAAAAUGUGGUAAAGGAAAGAGAUAUAGCUAGCAACCCUUCAUACAACAUGCUGCAAAAGACACCAGACCCAGCCGUGCAAAUGGAGCAUGCCAGUCCUGGAUGGCAGAAUUAUCAGGGGGAAACUGAAGAAUUUUGCGGUGUUUAUGAAACCUUUCCUGAGACUGCAUAUCCUUGUUACCCAAAGCCAAUGUAUCACAAACAAGCUAGCACAAAGUCAGUGCAGAAGACCUCAGACCAAGAGAUACAAGGAACAAAAGAGGCCCUCAUUCAGGACUUGGAAAGGAAGCUGCGCUGCAAAGACAGCCUUCUGCAGAAUGGCAACCAGAGGUUAACCUAUGAAGAAAGAAUGGCUCGCAGGCUGCUUGGACCAGAAAACGCUGCAUCUGUGUUUGACGUGCAAAAUGAGGAAAACGUGCAGAACUCGCAGCAGCAGACUACAGAGAACACAAGGUUACAGGUUCCUUCAGGACAAAUAAGGAGCAGACCCUCUUCCAGAGGGGAAGAGCAAGGACAGGGCUCGAUCCAGGAGAAGUUCUUUCAGCCACGUUUUACGCAAGUGCCAGAAGAUAUAACCAUUGAAGAAGGACGCUUCUGCAGGCUGGACUUCAAAGUUAGUGGGCUACCAACUCCGGAUGUGAACUGGUAUUUAAAUGGAAGGCUGGUUCACCCAGAUGAAUUUCAUAAAAUGAUAGUAUCUGAAAAGGGCUUCCAUUCGUUCAUUUUUGAAGUGAUCAGAGCCUCUGACACGGGGACAUAUGAAUGCGUAGCCACCAAUCGUGCUGGAGAAGCUGCUUUCACAGUAAAGCUGGAUGUAAUUGCAAAACAGCAUCAGAGACCUCCAACUUUCAUCUUCAAACCACAAAGCAAAAAAGUUUAUGAAGGAGAUACAGCCAGACUGGAAUGUCAGAUCUCUGCCAUCCCCACCCCACGGAUUUACUGGAAAAAAAACAAUGAAAUGGUACAAUUUAAUGCAGACCGAAUAAGCAUGCUGCAUGACACCUCUGGAAGGGUUUGCCUCCUCAUUCAUAAUGCUAACAAAAAAGAUGCUGGCUGGUACACUGUCUCUGCAGUCAACGAGGCUGGCGUGGCCACCUGUCACACCAGGCUGGAGGUUGCAUCUCACCCACACAAGCCACUUCCAAACCCCAGGCAGUUGAAGGUUCGGCCGACUUUUAGCAAAUACCUAGCACUCAAUGGGAGAGGACUGGAUGUGAAACAAGCCUUUUCACCGGAAGGGGAGUUCCAGCGUUUGGCUGCUGAAUCAGGACUCUAUGAAAGUGAUGAACUUUAAACAAGAGGAGAAGGAAGCGCGCUCCUGUAACAGACACUCGUGACACCAAGAGAUGCAGCUGAGUGGCAGUUGCUCUAACACUGCAAACGUACCUACAUGUUUUUACUCCUUUUGACUUUUGCACACUCUGCUGUUCCAGUUUUAUCAAGGUAGAACUCCUAUUUAUGUGGAUUAGUGAAUGUAGCCAUUUACUCUAAACCUAUAUUGUAUUUUAGCUGUGAAGCCUAAGUAUACAAGGCAGUUAGCUCUCAUAGAAGUGUAGCAGGUUUAACUACACCUGUGCUCCACUAUAAGAUGGAGUAUGCUGGCUUUGUUCUGCUUUCUGUUAUCAUGAGUGAUGAUAUACAUCAGAACUUGUGCUGCCUGAAUACUAAAACCAAAUAUAGACUACAGUGGUUUUUAUGAGGGGUUAUGCCAAAAGCAAAUAAAAUUUUAAAUACCCAGUA